AUGAAAUCGUUUUGCAAGUUGGAGUAUGAUCAAGUGUUUGGCAAAGAAAAUAAUUCAUUCUCAUUUCUAAACCACUCAUCACUUUACUCUCAUCAAAGCGAGUUAGCAAAUCCUUUCUUCGAGUUGGAAGACGAGAUGCUUCCUUCUGCUACCUCUAGUAAUUGUUUUACUUCUGCCUCAAGCUUUCUGGCUUUACCUGAUCUUGAACCCAUCUCCAUUGUGUCUCAUGAAGCAGAUAUACUUAGUGUGUAUGGUUCUGCUUCAUGGACCGCAGAAGAGACGAUGUUCGUUUCUGAUUUUGCGAAAAAGAGUGAAACCACAACUACCAAGAAGAGGAGAUGCAGAGAAGAAUGUUUUUCUAGUUGUUCUGUUUCAAAGACAUUGUCGAAGGAAACCAUCUCAUUGUACUUUUACAUGCCGAUAACUCAAGCGGCUAGAGAGCUUAACAUUGGUUUAACUCUUUUGAAGAAGAGAUGCCGCGAAUUGGGUAUUAAACGUUGGCCUCAUCGUAAGCUCAUGAGCCUACAAAAACUCAUCAGCAAUGUCAAGGAGCUAGAGAAGAUGGAAGGGGAAGAAAAUGAAGAUAAGCUAAGAAACGCUUUGGAAAAGCUCGAGAAGGAGAAGAAAACGAUUGAGAAGUUACCAGAUUUGAAGUUUGAGGAUAAGACAAAGAGAUUGAGACAAGCUUGUUUCAAGGCUAACCAUAAGAGGAAGAGAAGAAGUGGCAUGUCCACGCCCAUCACAUCAUCAUCUUCUUCUGCUUCUGCUUCUUCUUCUUCUUACUCUUCUGUUUCGGGUUUUGAGAGAUAAUAGGUGCUCGAUGGUCUUUGAUGAAGAGGUAUGAGAAGAUGAUGAUAAAGAGGUGAAGGAUCUCUUAUGAAG